AUGGACCCGAGAAACCCCUUUCCCAGUACUGCCAGAGGUACGCCAUCUCUGUUUUCAGGCGCACUGCCGAGUAGCCGACAACGACGAUACAAGCAGCUACCAAAAUCCAGACAGGAAAGCCAGGCAGCGAAAGCAACUUCUUUGUCUCGGGCGCUACCUUCACCCAGACCGGAUAGAUCGUCAUCUGCUCAGCUGCCCUCAAUCGCAUCGCAGCGCUCUGGUUCAUUGUAUUCGUCCUCAGCAUCUCGUUCCCGACAGCGAACAAAGUCUCAGGCCGAAAGCGAUAGUGGUAAUUUCUCGGACCAGGAUGAAUACUCAGACUCCUCCAACGAUGUUACUCUUGCCCUCGAGCUCCAGAGCAACGGAGCCUUUGGUUCUGCUUUUUACUCUGCCAUGGAAGAGAGCCUGUCCAUCCAACAAGACACCAUGGCAGGCAUAGAACUUGUCGAAACAGUGCUACUUCAUGUACAGCCCACCACAGUUGUCGUGCCAAAUCGUGCAUCGGAUGAGCUAGUAACGUACCUGGAGCGUCGUGCCCAUGAUGUCCAAGGCAACAGUGGAGCCAACGGAGCCUAUGUUUUCCAUUCGACUGGUUCUUCUGAGUUCAACUACCAAACAGCUAUCGAGAAGCUCACAAAGCUGAAGUUGAACUGUUGCAGCCAUCAAUCUCUGGUCAUGGAUAUGGCAGGCGACUCAACUUUGGACGCCGAUGUCAGUGGCUUGGGAUUCGGAUCGAGGCAAGGAAGCCUGAGACUAGGCUCACAAAUUAAUUUUUCCAGCCGUAUUUCGUCACAGAUUGGGUGUGCCGGUGCGAUCAUGAGCGAGCUCCAGCGUCGUCGGGUCUCGGAGGUUCUUCUCGGAGAUCCAGCCGCAUCGGCUGCACAUGCCAUUCGCACAAUUACUAUGUUUGAUCUAGCAAAUUCAAUGUUUCUCAAUGACGACACUCUCGAUGCCCUUCAGAUCCUACGCUCAGAGUCCCACCCGGAUAGCCAAAAAGGUGGCCCUGAAAAAUCGAGUUCGGGGGCUAAAGAAAGCCUCUCCGUUUACGGACUGUUCCAACGACAUGCACGCACCCCUCAAGGAAAAGCCAAAUUAAAGCAAACAUUUCUCCGGCCCAGUACAGAUUUGGGUCUUGUGGGUGAGAGACAGCGCAUCAUUGCGAUGCUGAUUCGCCCAGAAAACAGUGAAACAUUCACAACGAUUAUAAAACAACUGCGGAUGAUCAAAAAUAUGAAGGCGAUCAUGAGUCACAUCCAGAGAGGUGUGGACAAGCCAUCCUCUCUUGCGCCCGCCAAGAGAGGGGUUUGGAAAAGUUUGCAACGCUUCUCCAAGUUUACAGUUGAGCUCUACGAAACAGUAAGGCUCCUUGAAACUGGAGGAGCGCCUCUUGAACUAGUGAACAGGAUGCAAGCGCUGGUAGAUCCGCGCCAGAUUCUGCAGGUCGGGAAGAUGGUCUCCGAUACAAUUGACUUUGACGCUACCGAGACUAUCAACGACACAGUUAUCCUCUCUGGCGUGAACGGAGAUCUUGAUCAGCUGACCCGCACCUACAAUGGCUUUCCGAGCCUCCUCCAAGAGACUGCACGUCAUGUCGUCCGGGAUGUACCAGAAUGGGCUGCGCCUUACAUUCAACACUGCAUAUACUACCACCAGCUCGGCUUCUUGACAGUAGUCUCCGCAAAUGCCAAUGGAGAGCCCAACUAUGAUGGACCAGAACCUGGGGCCGGCGACGACUGGGAAAGGAGAUUUGUGCAUCAAGGUAACUUCUACUUCAAAAACAGACGCAUGAGGGAGCUUGAUGACUAUUUUGGCGACAUUGUAGCCCAAAUACACGGUGAGCAACCUUUUACGUGGCUAUAUGGGGAGCUGGACAGCCUCACCGCUCUGGCAGCUGUGGCUCAGCAGUAUAACCUUGCCGCGCCUGAGAUGACCGAGUCAAACGUUAUUGAAAUCAAACAUGGACGUCAUUUGCUUCAAGAACUGGUUGUUCCCGCAUUCGUGCCAAACGACUGCUUUUUACGUGGCGGAAAUGGCAGUGGGAGUGCAGCCGACUCGACCUCGGAGCUUUCAGAUUCGGAUGGCGAAGAAACGCCGAGCAUGCUCAUUCUCACUGGUCCGAAUCAUUCUGGAAAAAGCGUUUAUCUCAAACAGGUGGCUCUCAUAGUAUAUCUUGCCCACGUCGGCAGCUUUGUUCCUGCUGAAUGGGCAAGGAUCGGAACUGUGGACAGGAUACUGACCCGGGUUUCAACUCGUGAGAGUGCCGCUAGGCCUGAGUCCGCCUUCGCCAUUGACAUGCGUCAGGCUGCGUUCUCCAUCAACCUUGCGACAAGACGCAGUCUUGUGUUGAUUGAUGAGUUUGGUAAAGGCACCACCCCAACCGACGGUGCGGCGCUGGCUGCAGCUCUUUUUACACAGUUUGCAGACCUCGGCGAAAAUGUGCGUCCCAAGGUUCUCGCGGCUACUCAUUUCCACGAGAUUUUUGAGCAAGACUUGCUAGCACAGAGCCCGGCGGUUGACUUCGCGCACAUGGACAUCCAAGUUGACUACAACACUCAAUACCUUGAGGAUCAGGUAACCUUUUUGUACACGAUGGUUCCUGGAAGAAGCAUAUCAAGCUUUGGGACAAAUUGUGCACUGAUGAAUGGAAUCGACGACAAGAUCGUGGCGAGGGCUGAGGCACUGAGUCUACUGAUGGCUCAUGGCGAAGACCUCUCAGCCGCGUGCGCGAGGCUCUCUGAAGAAGAGACAAGACAACUUCGCAAAGCUGAAAACAUAGCCCGAGAACUUGUGCGUGCUGAAAUUCCGAAUCACCGGGCAAUGUCCGCCUCUGAUAGUAUUCUCGGGCGCAACCUUCUGCUCCGGAUUCUGAGCUCGGACAGCACGUCAGAACCCAUAAUUUCAAGUAAAUCAGAAGACCUUUGA